AGCCUGCUCUGGUCCCAUGGGUGUUAUGAUGUCUGGCAAUCUCGGUGUGAGCUGCAAAGGGUCGUUGAUCCCGAGAAUGGGAUCAUUCGCCUCCGCGAUGUAGAUCCUCGUUGGGUUGCUCUCCUCUUCGCAAGCCUAGCUGGAAACAUUGCCAGUGCGAACAAGUCAGACUUUGACUCACAGGCAAUUGAAGAGGUAGAGGCUGCCAAGUUGCAAGUCAUGUGGUACAAAGCAUCUGUGGUAUUUCCGAAUGUUGGCCAAUUUACGGUAAAUCACGACGUAAAAUCCAUUCAGACCAUCGGCAUUUUGAUCAUGUCUGCUCACACAGUGGGAUUUUCCCGAGAAUUUCACGCUCUCCUAGGCGCAGCUCUCAGGAUUGCAUUUCCUAGAGCCCAUACCAGAGGACUCAGAGACCUCUGACUUGAGGAAUUGGGAGACACGCCCACGCCAGCACAGGACAUACACCCCCGGUUGUGGGCACAUAUUUGCAUCCAAGACUGGUUUUCUACAUUGUCGAAGGGUCGAUAUUGCAUCAAUCCAGAUCACUGCAAAACUUCGCUGAUUUCACAGGAGAUUCCCAGUAACCCCAAUUUCUGGAGCUACCAGUACGUCGCGUUUAAAAUUGCGCGACUCUUAACAAAAGAACAUGAUGCCAUUCGACGUUCUACCACG